AUGGCAGCGACUGGAAGACGGCAAUGGGGUGUCACGCCUCCAAUUUCCGCAGCUCUCCCUACUCAGGAAGAGCUAGCAGCUAAUGACGACCUCAUCGCGGAGCUCAAGGCGCAAAACAACUUUGAGCCGCCUGCUGACUCCGAACGCAGAAUUCAAAUGCUUCAACUCUUGCAAAAAGUGGCUCUCGAAUUCGUCAAAAUUGUAUCGCGAAAGAAAGGCCUGUCACCCGCGGCAGUUGAGGCCUCGGGAGGCAAGAUCUUCACAUUUGGCGGCUACCGACUUGGCGUCUAUGGACCAGGAUCCGAUAUCGAUACCCUCAUCGUUGGCCCAAAGCACGUCAACAGCGAGGACUUUUUUGCGGACUUUCCUCCUCUUCUCUACCAAAUGGCGCCCGAAGGAGUCGUUGAGAAGAUGACACCAGUGCCGGAUGCAUUUGUACCGAUUAUAAAGAUGGAGCUCGCCGGCGUCAGCAUCGAUCUUCUCUUCGCCCGCCUGGUCAUCCCUUCAGUACCGAUGAAUCUCGAUCUUAAGAAUAACGAUUAUCUUCGAGGCUUGGACGAGAAAGAGGUACGGUCUCUGAACGGGACACGCGUGGCAGACGAAAUUCUGGAGCUGGUUCCUCAACAGAAGACAUUCCGAAUUGCGCUUCGUGCAAUCAAGCUCUGGGCCCAGCGUCGCGCCAUCUACGCGAAUAUCGUUGGUUUCCCGGGAGGUAUUGCAUGGGCAAUGUUGGUUGCCCGAGUUUGCCAACUGUACCCAGCUGCCACCGGGUCCGUCAUCGUGGGCAAGUUCUUUAGGAUCAUGAACAAGUGGGCGUGGCCUCAGCCUGUUCUUCUCAAGCAAAUUGAAGAAGGUCCACUGCAGAUCAAAGUCUGGAAUCCCAAGCUUUAUCACGGUGACAGGUUCCAUUUGAUGCCCAUCAUUACACCGGCUUAUCCCUCCAUGUGCGCCACCCACAACAUCUCAAUGUCCACGAAGACUGUGAUAUUACGUGAACUUCAGAGAGGUGGAGAUGUUGUUGAUAAGAUCUUUGCUAAGCAACUCUCAUGGAGCGAUCUUUUCACCCGGCAUACGUUCUUUACAAAUGACUACAAGUAUUACCUCAGCAUCACGGCCUCAAGCAAGACGAAGGAGGACGAGGCUGUCUGGUCUGGCCUUGUAGAAUCCAAGCUCCGUCAUCUUGUCGGAGCUCUCGAUCGCAAGCCUGUCAUUGCUGUCGCGCACCCCUUCCCGAAAGGAUUUGAAAGGGUUCAUCACGUCACAAACGCCGAGGAGCUGGAAGAGGUCAAGAACGGGUUCACCAAGUAUCAAGCAAAGGGAACCAAAACAGAAACCACGGACGAGAUUAAAGAUCCCGCCCAUCAAGCUGCGGCGCAAAACGGAAUGGAAAACGCUGCAGUGUUACCGCCAGCAGAAACACCAGAUCAGCCCGAGUCCAAGGCAGAAGGCACAACUCAGACUGUGUAUACCACUACAUACUAUAUUGGCUUGGAAUUGAAACCGUUGGAACCUGGUGCGUCCCGCUCUCUGGACAUAUCCACCGAUUCGCAAAUUUUCAAAGCAACGUGCACGUCGUGGUCAGGUUACAUCCCUGACAUCCAUGAUCUGGCCGUUACGCACGUUCGCAGCUUCGAACUCCCUGACGACGUGUUCCAACCUGGCGAGACACGGCCCACACGGCCAAAGAAAAGAGUGAUCAAAAAGUCAGAAGCAGCUGGUCAGAAGCGUCGGCUUGGCGAGAUGCACGAUUCCUCACUGGAUGUUUCCCAAGGAGCACCAAAGCGACAAAUCACGCCGAGCAGCUUUUCCAACUACGCUGCGCCUGCGUAA